AGCGCCACCCAUCUCCCCAUAUUGCAACUCCUGUCUCGGUUCACCUUUACAUUUGGGCUCGCAUCAUCCAUCCUGCGCCCGAGCGUCUCAGCAGCCGGAACCGAGGGGUUUACAGGGACUAGGAAAUGAUCUCGCCGGAGCUUAAUUUGAAUUUAUUUACGAGUGAGCUUUCACUUUACCUUAAAAAUCAAGUUAAAGUCGGGUUAUUCGGCUCUGGAGUGGGACUCUCUGUAGUGCUUGGGUUCAGCGCCGCAUAUGCCUGCUACUACUUGAUGUCCGUGGCGAAGAAGCCACUACUCAUUGCUGGAGGAAAAAGGUUUCAUCAGUUCCUGAGGGACAAAUGCCCCGUGGUCUCAGAGACAUACUACCCCACGUUCUGGUGCUGGGAAAGUCGAGUCCAAACACUGCUCAGGCCCUUUGUGACUGCUAAACCCUGGGUUAACUACAGAAAUGAGCUCAUUAGAGCAUCAGAUGGAGGCCAGAUCUCUCUGGAUUGGUUUGACAAUGAUGACAGCACGUCCCACCCGGAUCCAUCUACGCGACCCACAGUGCUGCUGCUCCCGGGACUGACGGGCACGAGCCGUGAAUCCUACAUUCUGCAUAUGGUACAGCAUAGCCGUGAUCUGGGCUAUAGAUGCGUAGUUUUCAACAACAGAGGCGUAUCUGGUGAAAAGCUAUUGACGCCCAGGACGUAUUGUGCAGCCAACACAGAGGAUCUGGAGAUAGUAGUCGAUCAUGUCCACAAGACCAUUGAAAGAGCUCCACUCAUGGCAGCUGGGGUUUCUAUGGGCGGGAUGAUGUUGACGAACUAUCUGGGUCGUAAAGGACGUGAGACGUGUCUGAAGGGUGUGGUGGUUUUCUCGGCAGGCUGGGAUGUGUUUGAGUGCACGGCGUCCCUGGAGAAACCCCUAGACCGUUUUCUCUUCAAUUCCUACCUCACCAGCUGCCUGCAGGCAUCCGUGGACCGUCACAGAACUGUUCUUGAACAGAAAUACAACAUAGACCAUGUGAUGAAGGCUAAAACAAUCCGAGAGUUUGAUGAACGUUUUACUUCCGUCAUGUUUGGUUAUCCAACCAAUGAGGACUACUAUCGAGACGCUAGUCCCAUUCACAAGAUCAAGUCUGUGCAAGUGCCAAUGCUUUGCCUCAAUGCAGCUGAUGAUGUCUUCUCUCCUAAUCAUGCAUUUCCAGUAGAGGCAGUGAAGCAAAACCCCAACGUGGCUCUCCUCAUUACUUGCCAUGGCGGCCACAUCGGCUUCCUGGAGGGGCUGUGGCCACGGCAGAACACCUACAUGGACCGAGUUUUCCGCCAGUUUACCAAGGCCAUCUUUGAAAACGGCAGCAGUCUAACUGACCUCCACUGACCCCCUCCUUCCAUUCCCUCAAUAGCCAUGUGCAAAAAAUCCUGAUACAUUUCCAAAAUUAGACAUUCUUGAAGGGCACAGGUUCACUUAAAGAGCCAUUGUUUUGUUUAUUCAAUUAUGUCUUUAUUUAUUUUUAUGGUCCUAAGUAAAUCUCUUUGUCUUACAUUCAUGGAACAGAAAUGAUUAUUUUCAGUUCAUACAUCCAUUCACUAGUGCACUUAUUUGUUUCUUAAUUUACAUAUGGAGCUUUUUUGUGUAUGACUCUCUUGAUAAUGUUUGAAUAGUUCCAUAUAGGGAACACUGAAUCAAUCCAUUGUUAUUGCAUGACAUCGCUUUACAUUCAUCAAUGCCUUCAAUUAUUAGUGCAAAGUCCAAAAAAGACUUAAAACUAUAGAUUAGGAAAAAUUCUCAGAUGAAUCUCAUGAUAAAACCUAUGCAUCAUAUUUCACCCCAAUAUCAAAAGAAAAAUAUAAGACUUUAGAUAUUGCAUAAAGAAAAUGAAGCCCAUUUUAGGACCAUUAACAUUUUUGCAGAGUUACAGUAUUUACAUUCUUUACUGUGAUACAGGAUAGAAAGUCAUCAUUGUCCAGACACUUUAAUUCAAGUUAGGUCAUGCUGUUGUAUAAAGUACAUAAUCGUCAUACUCACAUGUAAAAGUGUUAGUAGCUCAUGAGAUACUUAAGUAAAAGUAUUAAAGUAACUGAUAUUAAAUGUACUUAAAUAUCAAGUACAAUUAGAUGGCUUUAAGUUAAGUUAAUUGUUAAGUUAAUUCUUUCAGGUUAAUUGGGUUUUGCAAACAUUUUUACGAGUGCAUUGGGUCAUUAUUGUUUCAUGCACAAGGUACUUUGAUUAAAUGUAAGUGGCACCGACAUGACUUACAUAUAGCUAAAUAUUACACUUAUGAACAGUUCUCGAGGAAAGGCGAGAGACUUGAACAAAUCAUAUAACACAUAACAUUAGCAGUAUUUGACAGCUUUUUCAUAAUGUACAAGACAAAACUGAUUAAAACACACAUGGACAUUGUGACACAACAAACAUUGACUGGGGUUCCCCUCAAGAUUUUGAUUCAGAUUCGGGAAUCAAUUUGCUAUAUGAAUCGUUCAGUCCACUUUUUGAAUCGAUUUGACCAGUUCAAAAGAAUCAAUACAAUUUAGAUUCUUUUAAAUAAGGACAUACCAAUCUUUGCGUCUCCACCAUAAGAGAGAGCAUAACGGUCAACUUGGAUCACGUGAGUCUUCUAAGCCAAUCAUAUAAUGGCCCUGACGUCAAUGAAAUGCCUUCAGAAUGUUACGGUAGUAAAUCACAUUUUGCGGGUACCAUACAAAUGUACGGGGAGAGCUGUAAACUGACACAUAUCUGUUACAAAACUGUCCAUGACUUAUUUUAGAAAUCGACAAUUUUAUCGUACUGUAGUAAACUCCACACUCCAAAAGGAUUGUUUAGUGUAAAACAUGUUGAAGAUUAGUGGACUUGAGACGAGCUGUUCUCGAGCUUGUCCUCAAAAAAGCUAUUUAUUCAGCAUACUGAAGCAUCUCCUCCAAAGACAUCCAUAAACAAAAUGUCCUCUGGUCUCCUUGCCAGUGUAGGGCUGACACGACUCUACACGACUUGCAGUCAGCUCCCUGCGACUGUGUUCAAGUGCGCUAGUGUGCACACUACAAGACUGAUAGAAGACUGGGUGUAUUGACUACACGACCGUUAGGCUCUGACUGAGGCCAUGUGUACACCAUAGAACCUGAUAUGAUAUCGCCAAACAAUGGCACACUCUUAAUUAUACUUGCAUUUAAAUUAGCGCAAACAUAUGCUUAGAACAGAAUUCUCCAUUAUUUUAUUGGAAUACAUAUAUUAUCUGAACUUCUACUGUGUGGUUGUUCUCAUAUGUGUGUUUCUGCAUGUUGAUAUCAGACACACUGAAGAAUUUCGUGAAGUUCUUGUGUAUGUACAUGUAUUCGCUUUUUUCAAAAUGUCCUAAUCAAGCCAGUUAUUUCCUUUUAACUCCUAUUUUAUUAGGCUGUGCUCCCCUGCUGUGGCACUAUGAGCUCAAUGUGGUCGCAAGCGUUUUUGACCACCUCUCAAUGUGUGAAGACAAAUCUCAAAACGGUUCGAAUCCUGUUACAAUCCUGUUUAGCUUCGUCCCGUUUCAAACGGAUCGUCCAAAAUGCAUCUUAAAAUUACGAUAACAGAAUUCAUUCAUAAACUUGCACAGUUUAUUCACGAUAGCAUGUCAGCAAACAUGAACGAGUGGCUCAUGACGUUUAUUUGUGCUGAUUCACACAGAAACGUAAUAUUAUUAUUUUUUUAAACUUUUGAAAAUAAUGAUGUGACAGCAAGUAGUGAGAUGUGCGUGAAGUAUUAUUUUAUUUUUAAAUAAUCUUUUGUCUGCUGCUUCUCAAUACCUUGCUCUCUUCUUGCACUCUCACUAUAUAUAAUUGACUGUUGUUCAAUGUCGGUCUCUUGCUCGUCGGGACAGUGCGCACAUUGACGACAAGAUAUCUAGAUAUCAAGCUGGCUUGAAAUUUGUCAUAGAGUCUGAGACUAGUCUCGGAGACUUCUUGCCGCAGACCACUCGCCUACUCAAAACAUCAAAGGAGACGAGCUUGAGUCGUGUAAUGUUUUGCUAACUUUGAAGGCUUCCCCUAGUGGUGGGGCUCUAAUAUUACAUCACUAUUACAGAUCCGAAUGCAGUUUCCAUUUGCGGUGUUCAGUCGCAAAAGUAACUAAAUGGUCUGGAGAAACGUAACAUAUUCUAUAAUAGAGUAGAUAUAUUCGAAAUAUGUACUCAAGUAUAGUAGCAAAGCAUUUGGGCUUAAUGCAAAUCAAAUCUUAAUGGUCCUUAAAGUAGACGUAAUUUUCUUUACUUUUAUUAACCUAUUCCUAUCAUCUUGUCAAAUUUCACUAGUGUAUAAUUUAAAUGAUCAGGGUUAGGUUAGGCAGUAUGGUGGCUCAGUGGUGUGCCCCACAGCAAGAAGGUCGAGUCCCAGCUCAACUGGGCUUUCUGUGUGGAGUUUGCAUGUUCCCCCUGUGUUUGUGUGGGUUUUCUCUGGUUUCCAGACACCAGUCGACAAAUAAAGUUAUUCUGAGCCCAAACGAUUGAUUAUUUUUAGAAACAAAACAAUACUUAUAUACUUUUUAACUACAAAUGUUCGCCUCCGUACAAGCUCGUUGGUAUGGUCGCGCGUGGAGGCAGGAAACACGUAAUGGUUUACAAGAGGAGCGCUGUACAAAAGUUGAAUUGUCUUUGCUGUAGAUUUGUAUUUGUAUAAGUGUAUUGUUCAAAAUGGUUGUUUGGCAUGUGUAUCCUGGAUGCUUCAACCUUCAGAAACCCCAAAGAAAAUGCACGCUGGGAAAAAUAUAAACUUUUAGCGAUUGCAUAUACAUGAUCAUGAGCGAAUGAAGCUCUGGCUUAUUGCGCUGAACCUGGAUAUCAGUACACCCCUACAUUCUCUCAAAUAUUGGAGGGUGUGCAGUGAACAUUUUACCCCUGAUGAUUUCAGACCAUUGAAAGAAACAAAGGGUCGAUAUCUGAAUUAAUCUGCUGUGCCUGUGCUGUUUUCCAGCGAACUCCAGUAUGUGUGAAAACUUUGUCAUAUAGCCUAUAUAUUUCUAUAUAGUAACAAAGAAAACUUGAUACUUACUCUACUGAUAGGGUGCCAUUCUGGCCUCGGACGGUGCUUCCAGUUUAUUCGUGGCAAACUGAAAAACACCUCCAAAAUGCAAGGGCGCAGUAAUGGUGGAAAACCAUUAUGUUCGGUUAUGCAGCUAGGGGUAGGAGUGUUCUCAACGGCUGCCUCGCUAAUUGUUUCCAAUGGUGGGAUUGCUAUGGUCCAAUCGUGGCAGCACAGGCUAUCUGCCUCUGUUGGCAUUGGUUGGCAUUUACUACAUGUGCACUACCAUGUCUCCAUAGAUAUCCGCCUCCCCGAGACUUGCGAUUGCGCAGCUGCUGCAGCCUCCUCCAUCUCCCUCGGUUCCUCAUCGUGUAUUCAGGCUCAAAUAGGUAGGGUUGGGCGCAAAUCUCCAUCUCCUCUUCUCUUGUAAAAUCAAAAACCUCCGACAUUGUGUUAAUUAAUACAUUAUUUUGGACUGUUAAGGUUUGUAAUGCAAGUUUCUCUUGUAAUCAUUGACACGCUUCCUGCCUCAUCCUCCACGUGAUGCGUGACCUUACCAACAAGCUUACAUCAUCCCUCUCAUUAGCGCGCAUCACAUAAAAUUAAAAAAAUUAUAUAAUGGUAAAUGGUCUGCACUUAUAUAGCUAUUUUUUAACCUUAGUGGUUUAAAGCACUUUACACUGGGACUCAUUCACCCAUUCACACACACACACACACACACACUCACACACCAAUGAUGGCAGAGCUGCCAUGUAAGGCGCUAGCCUGCCAUUGGGUGCAACUUGGGGUUCAGUGUCUUGCCCAAGGACACUUCGGCAUGUGGAGUCAUGUGGGCCAGGAAUCGAACCGCCAACCCUGCGAUUAGUGGCCAACCUGCUCUACCACCUGAGCUCAGAAGAACUUUAUUUGUCGACUGGAGUCGUGUGGAUUAUUUUGAUGUACCCUAUAUAUGCAUUUUGGACAGUCAAAAUACAUUCACUUGCAUUGUUUAAAGGAGGAGGCCUCCUAAAAAUCUUAAAUUCUGUUUUGAUGAAGAAAGAAACCUGAGGUUAAGUAAAUUAUCAGCAAAUGUUCAUUUUUGGGUGAACUAUUACUUUAAGUGAAUUGGAGACUCUAAAUUGCCCUGUAGGUUUGAGUUGGGGGUUGCAUCAGGAGGGGCAUCUGGCAUAAAACCUGUGGGGAUCACGGAUGGUCUGCUGUGGUGACUCCUAAUGGGAGCAGCUGAAGGAAACUGAUUGCAGGCAAAAGUACAGAAGGGCAUUUGUGCAUUUGGAUUCUAAUUACAUUUUUCAAAAUCAAAGACUAAUAACAAUCUACAUAAUGACACCAUGUGCAAGCUGAGAGGUCAUUGUUCGGCUGCACUUUUACAUACUUACAGUGUGUAAACAUGAACGUUUAAUCAUGGUUCAUCCUGUCAACCAAUGGCAACAGCCAGUGAACUUCAGCGAUUGACAUGUGUUGCUCCAAGACCUUAUAUGUUUAGUCCCUUAUACAAUAGCUAUUACUGUCUUUUUUAACAAUACACUGAAAUAUAUAAGGCCAGUUUAAGUAGAUAGUCAUCCCCAUGUCUAAUUCUAACCCUUCAAUAACUUGGUGUUUCUUUCAUGUCUCCUAAAUGUCAGUCUGUAGAUUUAUAGCCCUCAGGAACUAACCAGCCCACCUCACUUCUUUUUUUAUUGGUGUUUUCUUGUAGUACAUGUUUUAAGGCAAAAAAAAAAAAAAAAUGAAGAAAAAAUACAUUGUAUCUACUCUAUCACAGUGCUUUUAUUUUCUCAAGAAUGUACGCAUGCACUUUUUGCCAUUCAUAACUGCUAUAUUGACACUGACUAGUUCAACAUUGCAAUUUAAUCACAGUCUAUGACUAGGAAUGUAAAAAUUGAGCUAUUUUUAGUUAAACGCACCAAACCUGUGCAGUCCCAAAAGUGAAGUGUGCUUUUUUGAACUGGAUGGACGUGGCUUCAAGGAUUCUGUGAAUUAAUAUGUGAAAAUGACUUGAGCUAGUGCUGUCCAGUACAUUGACUGCUAAACAUUGAAAAUAUUUCUGAAGUUUAAGUCUGGGUUAUUUGGUGCUUUAUGUAAAGUUGCCAUGAAAUACUACCAACUGCUCCUUAAUUAUUAGUUACAUGAGAGAGAGAGAGAGAGAGAGAGAGAGAGAGAGAGAAUAGGAGCAGUAAUUGUGUGAGAACGCUUUAUGAAGGAUGUAGUAUGUCUGCUGUUGCAAUCUGUACAAUGUAAACACUUUUAUGAGGAAGCUCUUUGUCAACCAACUGUGGGCAGGUUCCUGGGUUCAGUUAGAAGAAUGAUAUGAUGGCACUAGACUAAACCUAUGAAACUGCCCAGCCAUGUGUUGUAUCGACCUGUCUGUUUAAAUAAGCUUAUUGCUGCUUCAUAUUACGCUCUAACUUUCAGCGCUUUGGAUAAAAGAGGCUUUCUUCUUUGCUUUCGAUCCAUCCCCUUUCUGAGUAGCAUGUGUCACUGUUUUAAGUGUCUUGACUAACCGUACGAACAACAUGCAUCGCAUAACCUGUAGCACAACAGAUAUAUUUUUCCAUGAUGUCUUUCCUUUUAUAGAUUUAUAAAAGGAUUGUGUAUUAUUUAACAUGUGCAGCAAUAAGAAUUUAAUACAAGAUAGUCUAUGUAGGAAAAAUGUAUGCACAUGUAAAUGUUUGGAUUAUAAGUGCAUUUGUGGUCUUAAAUAAAUUAUGGAAUUUAACCGUACAGUUUUGCCUUUUUUAUAUGUUUGUUAAAUGGCAAUAAUUUCAUAAUAUGUGAUGUUCUUCCCUAAACCUUUAAAGGCCGACAGUCUAACAUCAGAUGAUGCAUGGCGCUUUUUGUUAUUAAAAAACCUUCAUAAAAUGUUGUUUGUCCACAUCGGGAAGUCAAAUCAAAUAAAUACGCGCUGUUUUUUUCCCAGCCUGAUCUCAUGAAAAUUACAGGACUGUGGCAAAAUUUUUGGAAAUUAUAUAUAUUGUUCCUUACACGUAUCGUGACAGUUCCGAGGUUAAGUGUCCACUGUGUGGCGCUAAAAGCGAGUUACAUUUUACCCUAAACAGAUUUUUUAAAGUUUAAUGCUUUAUUGAGUUUUAAAUCAAUAAAACCUUCCUCCCUAUACCCUAAACCUAUAUGAGGGUUAUCAAUCUAUUCAAAUGUAUUAAUCAAAUUAAUUACAUGAUAUGCCGAUUAAUCGAAUAUGUCAAUAUUUGCUUAGAAAGACCCACAAUCAAAAAUA